GUCAUCAUGAACUUCUGAUUGUAAUCAGCCAAUACUGCCGUGAGUAAAGUAAUAAGUCUACACCCUGAUAAGACUCCUUCUUUUGUUUACAAAUUUCAGAAACCCAAAGUAUCCCCGGUCGCAAGUCUUUUCAAAUGGAAGGGAAUAAUUUUAUACAUUCACGUUAUUUCUUUCUUACUUCUUUUGCAUAUUAUAUUCCUAGUCAGCCAUAAUUUGGUAAAAUCAAUUAACAUCAACAUCACAAUUUCCAGUUUCAAGUUGACAGUGCGUUACUCUACUUCCGAGUGGUUUUUAUACUAAACAUUUUGAAGUUUGCUGUCCCCGAAGAAGAGAAUGUUGCAUGAAAUCAUUCUCAGUCUACUGUGUCCAGAUGCCCAAUUUUUGGAAGAACAGAAUGAGGCUUUGAAGUUGAAUUUGUUUCUCCAUCCAAGUGAAAAAUGUUUACUGCGUCGUAUUCUAAGUGUUGCCAAAGAUUUUGCAACAAUAAAAAAGUUUAGCGAAUAUGUUAAUGGAAAAGUAGAUGGGAAUGAUGAUGGUAAAAGUUAUGGUAUGUAUUUAAAAGCAUUUACUCAUGGUGUUGAAAAAGAAUUGAUUCCAUAUCAUAGAGAUAUCAUUGAUCUACAAGAAAAAGCUCUUCUAAAUCCAUCAAUGACCAUCUCCGAAUUGCAAUGCUUUAUCACGAAGCAUUAUAAUCCAUUGAAGAGUUAUUGCGCCCUCAUCAAUCAGAUAGAAAACCGACAGCUGAGAGGCGGUCAACUUUUGCAACUUAUCUAUGAAAAUUCUACAACUGGGGAUGAGGAGAUAGUGCAGAGCUUGAACCGGCUCCUGCAAGAAUGUCAUGUAGCAUUUUUCAAACAGUUAUCAAGCUGGUUAUUUUAUGGACAAGUGCAUGACCGUUACAAAGAAUUUUUCAUUCAACCACUAGAAUCUGUAGAAACAGAGAAGACUAUCACUGUUGCAGCUUCGCCUAAGAUACCAGUUGACACUAUUGCUGCUUUCCAGUUUUUUAUUGAAUUCAAUGCAGCCUCAAACAUUAGGAAACAUCAAAUUGAAAGUACAUUGGUGCCAUCUUAUAUUUCAUAUUCCCUUGCUCAAAAAAUAUUAUUCCUAGGAGAAACUAUUUUAAUGGUCACUUCCAAACAUUCAAACGCAUCAAAUAAGUUUGUCAAUUCAAUCUACAAUGGAAAAGAGAAAAAGUACAUGCAGGAGAUUAUUGAAUUCGAAACUAAAGUGUGUUUAAAGCCAUAUGCCUUGGAAAAAAUCUUGGAUGAAAUGCGGUCCAGUGUGAUGGAAUAUCUAUGGAAAUUAGCUAUCACGGAAUGCUACCUAUAUGAGCAAGUGAAAUUGAUCAAAGAUUUCUAUUUGUUAAGCCAUGGUGAAUUAUUCACUGAAUUUCUGAGAAAAUCAGAUGGCAUUCUUUACAAACCCUUAACAACCUCCUCAGUCAGAAUUUUAAACUAUUCACUACAGCAAGCUGCACUUAGUGUUGGUACCAUUAAAGAAUCCUCCUUGGACAAGUUUGAAUUCACGAUGCCCGAGGAAAUUAUUAAGGAAGGGGGCAACAUCUUCAACUGCUUGAAGUUAACGUACAAAACCGAAUGGCCUCUGCAACUUUUUUUUACUGCAGAAGUUUUACAUAAUUACAAUGUCUUGUUUCUCUUUCUCCUGAGGAUAAAGAAAAUUCAAAUGGAUUUGCAUGGAUUGUGGUUGAAAAAUGUCAAGCAGAAGCAAAUGAAGUGUUGGAAAGAAGCCUGGCAGCUGAGAACAGGGCUUAUGUUCCUAAUCGACAAUCUCCAAUAUUAUUUGCAAGUUGACGUUCUAGAAACUGAAUUCUCUGCCCUCAUGAAAGCAGCAAAUGAGACUAAAGACUUCGAAAAACUACAACAGUUACACUUAUUAUUUCUGUCAAAAAUUUUGACACAUUCAUUCGUGUCUCAUGUUCAAUGGCCCCCUAAAAAACUAUCCUCCAAAAAUGAUGGUCAUAUGGAAAAAUCUUCAGAAACAAGGCCGCACCCUGUGAAUGCAUGUCUUACAAAAAUUUUCAUAAUUUGUGAGAAAUUCAUUUCCGUCAUGGCAAGCGACAAAUCCCUCUCAGCAGAUAAUGAGCUCCCUCUUUUAUUAGAAUUCUUCCACCAACAACUUAGUGUUUUAAUUAUUAGCAUGAGUGAACUUACCUCUAGAAAUAUUAGUUACAAGCAUUUAAAUCAAUUUCUUCUCCGCUUAGAUUUCAAUAACUGGUUCACCAAUAAAUUUGAUUUGACAAAAUACAUAUAAGAACCUGUGCAAGAUAGAAGUUUAAAUCAUGUUUCAGAAACAGAUCGAACAGGGACAAAGUGUUUUUUAAAUACAAGUCUUCAAAUUGUUUCCAGUUAUCUUCUUGAUUUUUUUGGUCACUCCCAUUGUUAUUAAGUUUCCUUUUCUUUGGAUUAGAAGAGAUGAAACAGAUGAGAAAGGAAAUUGUACCUGUCAAUGAAUCAGUUGGGCUGGUUAGAAUUGCAUUUUAAUAGUUUGAAUGCACAGAUUCAUAAAAAUUGAUAAGAUCCGUCACAGCGCCUAGUUUCUGUGGCCUAUAUGAACCAAGAUAUCGCCCCUUGAGACACUUGCAUGAUGUCAUCCAUUCAGUGGUAAAUGCAAUGGUAUGGUUUCCUCCGCCAUUGUUUAAUCAAUUAAUGAUAAAAACAUUUCUGCCGUUUGCUCGAGUAAAAACAUGGAUGGAACCAAGAUGGAAGAGACUAUAUUGUGCUUGACUGCGGUGGAUGACAUCGUACGUCAUAGUUUUUUUGUAAUGAAACUUUUUUUGUAACACUCCACUAACUAAUGGUACAAGUUUUUCAAUCUUUAUUUUGUGAGGACAGAGAAAGAAUGAUUCUCUCACAAUUACUUAUACUUAUGUAGCUUUUGCAUCCAAAAAAAGGAUUACGCACUUAGAAUAUAUCUGCCAAAACUUCUGUAUCGAGGGUGAAACGCUCAAACCACGUAUGUACCUCAGUUUCUGACGAUGUAGACUUCCUGUCAUAAUUUAUUCUUUAAAUGGAAAAUUACUCUGUUCCCUCAAAAAGUUAUUUACUUUUAAAGAUGCGAAAUCUGACCGAAAGCCAUUAAAUGCUUGUUGAUGCCGUUACACUUUUGUAUUUUUGCACCACUAUGAAAGACAUCCAUAAGAAUUUCUGGCCAAAGUAUCCUGAGCGCUAUUUAGGCUUAGGCUCUACGAUGCCAAACUUCUCUAACUUGUCCAAUUUUGUACAAGAAAAUAAAGGAAUAGAAUCAUUUGAAAA